UCACACUGAAGAGCAACCCUGAAAACUUACUGUCUGUUAAGAAAUGACAGCCUCCCUUCCAGAAAGCAGAUCACAGUGGCAGACAUUAUGGAUGCUGUGCUGUCUGCGCGUGGACCUCCGGAAUCAGUGACAUUUAAGGAUGUGGCUGCGGACUUCACCCUGGAAGAAUGGAGACCCAUGGACCCCACCCAGAGGAAGCUGCACAAGGACGUGAUGCUGGAGAAUUACAGGAAUCUGCUCUACCUGGGGCUUGUAGUUUCUAAACCAGACAUGAUAUCUCAUUUGGAAAGUGGGAAAGGUCCAUGGGCAGUGAGAGAAAUUUCGAGAACUUCCUUUGGAAACUUGGAAACCAAUUCUUCAACUAAGGGUGCUAUACUAUCAGAGAAUGUUUUUGAAAAAGACUUGUCACAGAAGAUCACUGUAAAGAAACUGACAGAGAAUCGCCUAUGGAGCUCCAAAAUGGAAAGGUUUGGGAAAUGGAAUAACAGCAUAUUAAGACUCCAAAAUAUUCAGAAGAGUCGUCUGAGCCAGAGACUCACAGAAGAGAAGAAAACUAUUGCUGAUCAAAGGGGCUUUAGACUUGGAUCUGCUCCUUUUCCAGAACUAGGAAUUGUCGCAGAAGAACUGCUCAGAAAAUGCCAAAUACGUGAGAAAAAUUUCACAGAGAAUUUAGAUUUGAUUACAGAUACCCGUUUGGGGAAGAUGAUUUGCAAGGAUACCGAAGACCACAAAACCAUAAAGCAGACUUCAGAAUUAAUUUUGACAAAAAAAUUCAGUACUGAAGAAAAACCCAAUAAAUGUGACAGAUGUGAGAAGGCCUUCUGUUAUAAGUCACUGCUCACUCAGCAUCAGAGAACUCACACUAAAGAAAUGCCUUAUGAAUGCAAUGAAUGUGGGAAAAUGUUUGGCCAACUCUCAUAUCUCAGUCAGCAUAAAAAAGUCCACACUGGGGAAAAGCCCUAUAAAUGUCAUGAGUGUGGAAAAACCUUCAUUGCUUUUUUGUCACUGAUGGUACAUCAGAGGACUCACACUAGGGAGAAACCUUACGAGUGUAAUGUCUGUGGAAAAUCCUUUAGCCGGUGUGCCCGCCUUAAUCAGCAUCAAAGAGUCCAAACUGGAGAGAAAGCCUGUAAGCGCAUCCAGCAUAGGAAAGCAUUUAGCCAUAAAUCCAAACCUGCACGACACCAGCAAGCACACAAGGAUGAGAAGGCCUACAAGUGUGGUGACUGUGGGAAAGUCUUCAGAAAUGAAUCCUAUCUUAGUGCCCACCAGAAGAUCCACACUGAGGAGAAGCCAUACAAGUGCAGUGAGUGUGGAAAAUCUUUCAAGAAUACCACAGUUUUUAAUGUCCACCAAAGAGUCCACACCGGAGAGAAACCCUUUCCAUGUAACGAAUGUGGGCAGGCCUAUAGGAGCAAUUCAAGCCUCGUCGUGCACAUCAGAACUCACACUGGGGAAAGACCAUGUGCAUGUAGUGAGUGUGGGAAAGCCUUCAGCUGGAUAACAAGUCCCACAGAGCAUCAGAGAAUCCAUAUAGGGGAGAAGCCCUAUAAAUGUCGUGAGUGUGGAAGAGCAUGUAUUAACUAUUCCUGCCUCGCUGUCCACCACAGGAUGCACGCAGGAGAGAAGCCCUAUGAACGCAGCGAGUGUGGACAGGCCUUCACGCGGUCUCCAUCGCUCCUUAUACACCAGCCUGUUCACACUGACGAGAAACCUUGCCUGUGUAAUGAGUGGGGGGAGUCUUUCGGGAUGCAGUCACACCUAACCGUGCAUCAGAGGGCUCAUACUGGGGAGAAGCCGAACAAAUGCACUGACUGUGAGAGAGCGGGCUCCAAAAUGACAGAUCUCAGGGAGCGUCAGAAAAUUCACACCGGAGUGAAGCCCUGUAAGUGUUACGACUGUGGGAAGUCCUUCCGGACCAAGUCCUACCUGAUUGUGCAUCAGAGACGGCACACUGGGGAAAGGCUCUAUAGAUGUGAGGGAUGUGGAAAGGCCUUUAGAACCAGCUCAGACUUGACUGCGCACCUGAGGAUGCACACCGGAGAAAAGCCCCAUAAGUGUAAUGACUGUGGGAAAACCUUCAGGAGCAGCCUGAGCCUCACCGCUCACAGAAACGACAUCAGAGAGGAACUCAGCCAAUAUAGGAAUAUUCCAUGACGAAGUCUUGUGAGCUGUAUUUAAGAACUUUAGGGAACUUAUCAGUAGAAAUUAAUUAGCUCCUGUACACUAAAUUAAAAGCUCUAAAUAUGAAUGUUAGAAGAAUUUAAUUAUAUUCUUAGAAAUAAUUCAAAUGAGAUUAAAAAUAGACAAAUGAAACUUUCAUCCAUAGUUCAUACGUUACUCAUUCAGCAAAUUAAAGUUAAUUGCCUUUAUAUAUUUCUGCCUGUUUUUCUAUGGGUUUGUAUUUUCUUAAAUGCUUUGUAUAUUUUUCUAUAUUCUUUGUCACAUAUGUAACAAAUGUUUCUCUUAAUUUAACAUUUGUCUUUAAACUCCUAUAUAGUAAAGUCACAACAUUUUCAUUUUACAGUGAAAUUUUUCAUCUUCUUAGGUUCUUGAUUUUUUUUUAUUUGAAAGCCUAUCUUUGGUGCCUAAGUUAUACAUAAUCUAGAUUUGUUUGACAUUUUUGAUAAAUUAGUAUUUAAGUCUUUAAAUGUAAGUCUAGACUGAAUAUCUGUUAAAUGAGACUCAAAAUGGCUAUGAGCCUAUGAAAAGAUUUUAACCUACGUAGUACUCAGGGAAAUUCAAAUUUAAACUAAUAAACUGAAACUUCUACUUUACAGAGUUGGAAAAGUUUAACCUUUCACUGAGGGCAGGGUUUCAGGAAGCUAUGUACUCUUACUUAAAGGGUGUGUAGCUUAUGUUUCUGCCGGCCACCCAGCGGUCAUACACUAUUUAAAUUACCCAUUCUUACUCGAAAUCUGAUCCAUAGAAAUAAGCAUCCUCAAGUGUAAAAAUACAAACAAGGAUCUUUGUUGAAGCAUUGAUUUUUUAAGGCAGAAAAAUCACAACUAGAAAAUGCCAAUUAAUAGAAAAAUAGAUAAAUGUUGAUAAAUCCAUAUUUUGGAACAGCCUGGGUAACUUUUAAGAUGAGUUAUAGAUAUGAUAAUUUCAGAAUUUCCCCCAAUUUUUAUGAGUAAUUGCUUAUUAUAACAAAUGUGUAUACAUAUGAUGUAACUAUUACCAUGCACUCACAUGAGUAACUAGCUUUCCAUGAAGACAGAUAUAGAAGAAAGCACAUCAGGCUAUAAAUAUUAGCUACCUUGAGGGAAGGCGGAAAAGGAGAAAGGAUUACAGGGUGAAGAGACUAUAAACAUAGAAAAUUUGAAUAUAGCAUGUGUGUUAUAAAACUACAUGUGAUAGUGGU